CACAAACAACAACUUCACACGCUUUUGCAAACCAGCUGCCUCAUCCUCACCAUCGACAGUGAGGAAGUCAACGACUGAACAAAUAAACCACCUACACAGCACACACACUCAACGACACGAUGGGUCUCAAGGGUGUCCAUUUCGGAGGCGGCAACAUCGGCCGUGGCUUCGUCGCCGAGUUCCUUCACAACUCCGGCUUCGAGGUCGUCUUCGUCGAUGUGAUGGACAGCAUCAUCAACAAGCUUCAGGAGACCAAGAGCUAUGAGGUCACUGAGAUUGGCCCAGAUGGCGAGUCGAAGUUCACUAUCGACAACUACCGCGCCAUCAACUCCAAGUACAACAUGGAGGACGUUAUUCAAGAGAUUGCAACUGCCGAUACCGUCACUUGUGCUGUCGGCCCAAACAUCCUCAAGUUCAUCGCCGAGCCAAUUGCCAAGGGCAUUGAAGCUCGGAAGGACUCCAAGCCACUCGCAGUCAUUGCCUGCGAGAACGCCAUCGGUGCCACCGACACUCUCCGUGGCUUCAUCGAGGGCAAGCUCACCGACUCAUCUGCGCUCAGCAAGGCUCGGUUCGCCAAUUCGGCUAUUGACCGAAUUGUGCCAAUCCAGGAUGACGGCGCAGGUCUGAACGUCAAGAUCGAGAAGUUCUACGAGUGGUGCGUCGAGGAGAAGCCAUUCGAGGGCAGCCCACCACCAAUCAAGGGUGUCCACUACGUCGAAGACCUUCAGCCAUACAUUGAGCGUAAGCUCUUCACCGUCAACACUGGUCACGCAACCGCCGCCUACUACGGCUACCAGUCAGGCAAGAAGUUCAUCCACGAGGUGCUUCAGGACAAGAAGCUCCACGACAUCGUGCAGAAUACCCUCAAGGAGACUGCCCACCUCAUCUGCACCAAGCAUGCUCACAUCUCCAAGCAAGAGCAGGAUAAGUAUGUCCAGCAAAUCGUCACUCGCAUCAGCAACCCUGUGCUGAAGGACAACGUCGAGCGUGUCGGCCGUGCGCCACUUCGCAAGCUUUCUCGCAAGGAGCGCUUCAUCGGCCCAGCCGCUCACCUCGCUGAGCAGGGCGAUCCCGUCGACAACCUUCUCGGAGGCAUCGAGCAGGCUCUUCGCUUCCAGAACGUCGAGGGUGACGACGAGUCGGUGGAAUUGGCGAAGAUCCUCAAGGAGAACGACGCCAAGACCGCUACGCAGAAGAUCACUGGCCUCGAAGAGAGCCACCCACUCUUCGCCAAGGUGCAGGAGAAGGUGGCUCUUGUGCAGGGUGCUUGAGUUUGAGCGUCAAAUCCUCCGCGACAGACCAAGGGGCCGAGCAUGUGCAUUGAAAACCGGCAUGGUAGAAGGCUGCAAUAGAUACGAGCUAUGAGACACGAAGUACUGAUAAAAGUUGAUUCUAUAGCACUGGUUGCCAAUGGAAUGAGUGAUUGAGACUGCCUUUUGUAAUGGUUGUCAUUUUCCG